AUGGCUGACUCUAUUUUGGAGAAUGUUAAAGAAUAUUAUGGAACAGUCCUGAAAUCAAGAGAUGAUCUUAAAAGCCAAGUUUGCUACAAGAAAGACUUAAUUGAUAACAAAUAUGUUUGCAAAGCUAUCUCUGAGGUGCACUCUGAUGUGUCUGCUAAAUAUUACGGAUGUGGACUUUGCAUACCACCAAGAGUGAAUGGAGCAAACAUUCUAGAUCUGGGCUCUGGUAGUGGUCGUGAUUGUUUUGCUGUAUCAAAACUAGCUGGAAUUGAUGGAAAAGUUGUUGGAAUCGAUAUGAUUGGAGAUCAAGUUGAUGUUGCUAACACCUACAUACAGUAUCACCAGGAAAAGUUUGGGUUUGACAAACCCAAUGUCAAAUUUGUAGAAGGAUACGUUGAAGAUCUUCAGAGCGCUGGAUUAGAAAAAGAUUAUUUCGACAUCAUCAUCUCCAAUUGUGUUGUAAACUUGUGCCCAGACAAGGAAGCUGUCUUAUCUGCAGCAUUCAGUGUGCUGAAGCCAGGAGGUGAACUAUAUUUUUCUGACAUGUAUACAGACACUCAUCAAUCAGACAUUGUGAAAGGGAAUAAGACUUUGUGGGGAGAAGGGUUUGCUGGGUCCUUACACUGGAAACAGCUUCAUGAAAUAGCCAACAAAAUCGGUUACUCAACACCUUGUCUAGUGUCUUGCUCUCCUAUUAAAAUUGUUCGAGAAGAUUUCAAGCAAAUGCUAGGGGAUGCCAAAUAUUGUUCUGCCACAUAUCGCCUAUUUAAACCUCUGACACCCCUGCCUAGAGCUGAUGAUCCAACAUGUCAGGGUGGGGUUGGUUUGGUAACAUACAAAGGUGAAAUUUUACAUCACGAAGAUUUGUUCAAUUUUGACCACGUGCUGACCCUGCUCAAAGGAGUGGAAACUUCUGUUCCAAUCGAAAAAAUCAAUAUAUUGCUGUCCUCUAGAUAUGCAGAGGAGUUUGAGUUUAACGUUGAUAAUAAUGAUGUCAGCAGUGAUAGCUGUAAUGGAUGGAAUUGUCUGGAAAACCCCUUUGAUGUUAUAAAGAAAAAAGUAGAGAGUGGACAACAGGUCAAAUGUUGCCAAAAGACCAAAGGUUGUUAG